AUGAGUUUCAAGGCGACUGAUGUCCUCAUUGUUGGGGCUGGGCCCGUCGGCCUUGUGACGGCCCUCGGUCUCGCGCAACAAGGCAUCGACACCGUUAUCAUUGAAAAGCGGGAGCUGGAGGUUCAGGAAUCCUUCGGUCGAGCCAUCACUCUCUUCCCCCGCACCCUCGAGCUCUUGGAGCAGGUGGGCGUGGCCGAAGACAUGGUUCAAGCGGGCAACGUCGCACGAGGAAUCGCCGCCUACCAGGAAGGUAAAAGAAUGCCAGCCGUGGGCCAGCAGACAAUGUUCACCGCCAUGAACGGAACGUUUCACAACUACGUUCUCAACAUCCGACAGAAGAACUCCCAGGCGAUCUUUGCAGCCAAGUACAAGGCCGUUUCGGGAAACGACGUCCAAUAUCAAUGGGAGCUCAUCGAUUAUCAAAUCGACCAAAGCCCUCAGGACGGUUACAAUAUCACAGCUGUCCUUCAACAUCCCCAGUACGGCAGAAGCUCGGUUAGGUGCAAAUACCUGGUCGGCGCCGACGGCGUACAGUCUCAAGUCCGACAACUUGCAAAGAUUGAAAUGGUCGGCGACGAAACGGCAUACGAAUGGGUCCGCUUCGACGGCCGUAUCAAGACCGACGUUCCCGACACUGAGCUUGGUUUUGUAACGAUCCAAAGUGCCGAGUAUGGCAAUGUCUUCUUGGUCAGACUCGAUAAGGAUGUGUUCCGCAUUGGAUACGUGUUCACCGCCGGGCUGAAGGCCAAGUAUCCCGACGGUCUUACCAAAGAGCAGGCUCUCGAGGAGGGACUCAAAUCCUUCCACCCCUUCAAAGUCGAGUUCGAGCGGCUUGACUGGUGGACCAUCUACACACAAAAGGUGGCCGAGACCAUGAGCAAAGAUGAAUUCGUGUUCCUUGCGGGCGAUGCUGCCCACACCCACUCGUCCGGCUUUGGCCAGGGCAUGAACACCGGAGUCCAUGAUGCCAUCAACCUCUCCUGGAAGCUCGCCGGAGUUAUCAGGGGAUUGUAUCAACCAGGAGUUCUUGAUACCUAUUCUGAGGAGCGCCGUGCCGUUGCUCAGAAGGUCAUUGACAUUGACAAGACUCUGGCGGCGGUGAUGUCUGGCGACCUUCCCGAGACAUGGAACGGAUGUAGCGGCAAGCCUGUAUACAGCAAGGUUCUGGGUGACUUGCUCACGUCGAACGCCAGCUUCAACAUCGGCUUCGGCGUCAGCUAUGGACCCUCCAUUAUCGUCGACAAGGCCUGCACCGGCAGUUUGGCCGUGGGUUACCGCACCCCUGACGUGCUACUCAUAUCACCUGGUGCAAGCACCCCCAUCCGCCUGCAAAGCAUCAUCCACGCCAACACUGGGAAAUGGAACGUGCUCAUCUUCGCCGGUCGCCCUUUCCAACAGAGAGAAAAGCUGACUGCACUGCGUGAGGCGCUGAAGUCUACGAAUUAUCUCACCAAACACGCUCAGACGUUGAGCCUCACGACCAUCGUGUCCGGUACUAUUUCCAACACAUGGGACGUUUUCGACGGGCUUCCCCCGAGCUUCGUCUACUGCGACGUUGACGGCCAAGGACACAACAGCUAUGGAAUGUCAGCCACGAGUGGCGGGCUUGUAGUACUUCGCCCAGAUGGCUUCUUGGCUGCUACUUACCCGAUCGAAGAUGUUCAGGAAGUCGCUGCUUUCUUGGCCGGUUUCUGUUCUGACAACACCAAAGCACUCCCCAUCGUUUGA